AUGGGAGUUUGUCUUUCGUGUCUUCGUGGGAACGAUAACGAAGAUGAUUACGAAAACCAAGCACUAUUAAACAACCAAUCAGCAUUAUACUCCGAGUCACUCCAAGAAAAUGAAUUGAAACAACAACGGAUGCAAGAAUUGAAUUCCAUAGUCAACGAUUUGUCUGAAAACUUGAUCGAUGUGUCGACGUUUCUUUCAAACAACAUGUCAUCUCCCAAUACUCCCCAUUUAUCAUAUUCGUCAAGUAGUUUACCUCAAAACCAGCAACUGCAACUACAACUGCAACAGCAGCCAUUAUCUGCGGGAUCUGGAGGACCAGGGAACUCAACUGGUGCCUUUGUGGAUGAUACAUAUCCUAUCGUUGCAUCUGGUGAAGAACAAGAUAUUAUAGAGAGGGAAGCCAAGGCCAUAGAUCCAGUGAUACGAGAAGAAUGUAGAGUUCAUUUACUGGAACCACUUUAUGUUAAAUUCUAG